AUGGGACUCGACGAAGAGACACGCCUACAGUUACUCAAGAGUUUCACAGAGUUCUUUGCUCGCAAUCUCAUGACAUACGGGUUCGAAAUUGCCCCUUUUCUGACAGGAUGGUACAAUGAAUUGGUAGCAGCCUCAGUGAGACUGGAUCCUACCAUCUGUCCACACGCUGACUGUGUUGCAAUGUGUAUCAUCAGCUCACCAAAGAUGUUCGAGAAGAGCUUUCUAACCCAUUUAGCCUCAUGGUUUCGCUCGUCCAAUGUUCGUUCGUUGGAGUUAGUGCUACGAAAAUUGAGAUCAGCAACCCUUGGUGUAACACAGUCACCUGGGCUGAAUGAUCCGUUGGAUUGGUCAGUGUUAUUGCGCAUUUCAGCUGCCUUGGAAAUAACUUUGCGAGAACUGGAACAGCGGUUACCUGUUGAACAACUAUUACUGCUAACACCACACCGAUUUAUACCAGAUUUCGAAAUGCGUCCCGUGUCACGGUUACCGGUCGUGCACAUGCAGUGUGCAGGUCACGUGUCUGGCUUGGCUUAUUUUCACAAACCGGAUUGGAAGUCGCCGCAGAAUUACCCUGGUUGCAGCCUACACCAUCGCUAUGGUGGAUGGUUUGGUUUUCGCGGUGUCAUCGUUUUUCCCAGUCUUCGUUGUCCAACGUUACCACGAGUUGAGCCGUUGUCUCCCAUUUCACCCUAUCGCCCACCAUUCCCUACGGACACCCUGAAAUAUCUGCUAGCUGAAUUCCGCGAUCACUGGAAGGCGAAUAGAUGGAGAGACGUUGGCCUAUCGGAGGACCGUCAUAGACUAUAUUCUGAUGCAGCUGUCUCAUUUUUUCUCACACCACCAGCCGAACGAGCUACUUUAAUCGAAGGUUGGUUCAAAUAG